UAGAACGUGCUGCCAUGUAAUUUACACUGCUUUUAAAAGAUCCAGAGAUUUCUAAGCAUAAUAGCAAGUAGUGGAACAGCUUCUUCUUCUGGUAUUUUCAAAAUUGUAAUAACAGUUACACUUCAGCAGAAGAGCUUCAGCCCAGUAAUUUUAAAAUUAAAAAUCAGAUUCUUGCUGGGAUAAAAUUUCACUCAACUUUAAAACAAGAAAAAAAGAAGAAAAAUGUCUUCAACUGAUAUUACCGACUCUGUACGAGAAGAUGGCAGCAAGUAUUCAUACGAGUCCAUGGAAAGUAUGACGAACUACCUGUUGAAAAGAACCAAGCACAGGCCUUUGGUAGGAGUUAUUUGCGGCUCUGGUAUGGGUGGUUUGGCCGAUAUGUUGGAAGACAAAGAAUCAUUUCCUUAUCAUGAAAUUCCUGGAUUCCCAACUAGCACAGUCCCAGGACACAAAGGAAGGCUGGUGUUCGGAGUUUUGAAAGGGGUACCGACCGUCUGCAUGCAAGGAAGAUUUCACGUGUAUGAAGGCUAUUCUUUAUGGAAGUGUGCAAUGCCAGUCCGAGUGAUGAAGCUUAUUGGUGUGAAGACACUGAUCGUAACAAAUGCCGCUGGUGGUUUGAACCCCGAUUUCAGAGUCGGCGACAUCAUGCUCAUCAAAGAUCACAUCAACUUCCCCGGCUUUGCUGGCGACAACCCUCUGAGAGGAAGAAAUGAUGACAGAUGGGGACCGAGGUUUCCUGCUAUCAACAACGCUUACGACUUGAAUCUUCGAAACAUUGCAAAAGAGAUUGCCAUAGAUUUGGGACUGGGCAAUUUCUUGAGAGAAGGAGUGUAUGCCAUGGUCGGCGGGCCCUCCUACGAAACAGUGUCCGAAUUGAGAGCCCUCAGAACCCUAGGAGCAGAUGCCGUAGGCAUGAGCACGGCCCACGAGGUGAUAGCCGCCAAGCACUGUGGACUGCGGGUUUUCGGCCUAUCCCUGAUUACCAACGAGUGCGUAAUGGAGUAUGAUGUCCAGAGAAGUGCAAACCACGCAGAGGUACUCGAGACGAGCAACAGGCGGAAGACGGACCUGGAAAGGCUGGUCACCAACCUCGUCGGAAGAAUCAAGCAUUGACGAACUGUGAUUUGCUCAUUUUGUUAUUUUUAUGAAUUAUUUCAGAAGGAGUAGAUUUUAGCAAAGUGUUCGUACUUAAACCAUGUAUGCAGUGUUUUUAAGGCUUUGUCAGUAAAACGUGAUAGAAGAAUUUUAUGUAUUGCCUUUGCUUUGACUUUAUCUAACAGAACAGAUUUUUGAAAAUUUUAGAAAUCGGCUGAUUUUUCACAGCAGUGUUUUAAAGCUUGUAAUUUACGAGCAGGUAAUAGUUUAUGAUUGGAAAUAACUGAUAUUUGAUUUGAGUUUCUUUAUUUUUUUAAAUAAUAUUAAUGUAUUUUUUGCAUGAAAAAAACUUUAUAUUAAAAAUAUUUUCAGAUUUUAAUUUUAUUAAAUAUAUCCAUUUUUGAAUUCA